AUGCUCGACCGGAAUACCCGGUCGUUCCGGCGGACCCCGGCGGACAACGUGUACGGCGUCGCGGCGAAGGUUGGAGAAAACGUGAAUCACGUCACCAAGGGAGACAACGAUCAGGCUCUGUACUUCACCUUCGGCCCCAACGAAGGUCGCGGCUCACAGGAGUUCGCGCUCAUCCCCACAAACCGUAUCGUCAAGGCAAGCUCACUCUCCCCGACGAAUCCCCGACACGGCGAAGCUGAGGGGCGGACCCUCCAGCGUGGGCCAGCACGUCAUCUAGUGCUCGACGCCAUCGGUGACCGGCAGGAGACGAUCGCCAAGUACUCCCCGCUGGCCAAGCCCGGCGCCCGGGUCGCGAUCCUGCUCCCCAUCCGCUACGGCGGACGCGCGGCCAACAACGUGGGCAGCGAGCUCGACGAGGGCGCGUUCGCCCCCGGCAUCCACAACGAGUGGUUCCGUGAUCACCUGCAGCCGGAGCUGCUGCCCGCGUUGCUCGAGAAGGGCCUCAUCAAACCGAACAAGAUUCGCGUCGUCGAAGGAUCCACGCCUCUAGAGCGCCUCCAGAACGCGAUCGAUUCGCUCGCGAACGGGGCCGUCAGUGGGGAGAAGCUGGUCGUCCGCAUCGGAGAGGAUUGA